CCAAAAAGAUAAACACGGGAACAUCAAAAAGUUGAUGUAUGUUUAUCAUUUAACGAACCACGAAAUUUUCAUAUCCUUAUUUCUGAUCAAUCCUCCUUAUCCUCAUUCUAAUCAAAUUCUUCUUCUUAAAAUGACAAUAUCUCGAUACUUAAGGUUGAAUACUGGAUUCAGAAUGCCAACCUUAGGGUUUGGUACAUUUACAUUAAAAGGAGACCCACUAAAAGAAGCACUAGAUUAUGCUUUGUUUUUGGGUUAUCGGCACAUCGAUACAGCAAGUUCAUAUGAUAACGAAAAAGAAAUUGGACAAGUUCUAAAUGAUAGAGUUAAAGCAGGGAAAAUGAAUAGAAAAGAUGUAUUUAUCACAACCAAAGUCCCCAGCACACACAUGAGAAAAGCUGAUGCUAUUGAGAGUGCGCACAAAUCAAUGGAAAACAUGAGUAUAAGCUAUAUAGACAUGCUGCUCAUACACCAUCCUUGGGCAGUUAGCAAAACAGAAGAGACUGAAUUAAAAUUUGAGCAUGUUGAUAUUCUUGAAACUUGGCAAGCACUGUCUGCACUGUUUAAAUGCGGGCAAGCUGCUAGUAUUGGGGUUUCAAAUUUUACGGUCAGGCAGAUUGAAAGAAUUCUUUCCUCCUCUGAUGUUCCCCCUGCUAAUGUUCAGCUGGAAUGUCACGCUUAUUUUUUACAACAAAGACUUAAAACUUUCUGUGACCAAAAUCACAUAGUGGUGUCUGCGUAUGCCCCGUUGGGGGCACCAAACAGGCCAAGCCGACAUGUUUCUAGCGCUGAGAAUUUACUAACCGACCCACUCAUUGUGGAAAUAGCUAAAAGCUACAGGAAAACUCCUGCGCAAGUACUGCUGAACUUUUUACUGCGUGCUGGGUUUGUUGCUUUACCUAAAAGCUCAAAGAAAGAAAGAAUCAAAGAAAAUUUAGAUACGCUAAAUUUCACAAUGACCACUAAAGACUACAACAGAAUUACUAGCUUAGACCAAGGCUUGAGAUUUUUUAGAUUUUUAUACAUGAGAGGGCACCCAGAAUUCUUUGAAGAAGAUGAUUUUUGAUUGGAGAACAUUCACCCCAUUUUUCGUGACAAGCUUUAAAACUAUGUGCCAUGUUUAAAAUAGUUAAAUAUAUAUUUAUCCAUGAAAUAUGAGCACAUUCAAAUUGUACUUUGUGUGAUCAAGACAACUGUGUUACAAAACCCCUUUGUUAGAAUUUGUAUUUACACAUUUCACUGAACAUUUGAAUUCAGUGAUAUGAAUGAAGUGAUAUUGAGAAUUUCAUGUUUUGUUAGUAUGAACUUCCAAGUAUCGUCAUUGCAGUUAAGCAUUAAGGAUUGCUAUCAUAUCACCUGCAAAGAAAGAGUUAGCUUAGCUCAGAUUGAAUGAGAUUUAAUUUGUGAACUAUGUUACUAGAUUGAAAUAUCAAGAAAAGUACUAGUAUACUGGAUUAGAACUCUCUUUCAUAUUGGUCAGACUGGAUCAGGAAUAAGAAUCAAGCAUUUAUCACAUCCAGAAACAUUUGCUUCUUCUCCUGCUGCAUUUAACCUCCGU